AUGAGCGGGCCCCUUCACACACGGUUUCGGGCGAGGGUGCUGCACAGGUUUCCCGGGUACGACCACGAGGGGAACGGGUGCGCCUUUCCGACUAACCUCCCGCUGUUCUGCCUGCCCGGCGGGCUCAAGCUGAGCCUCGAGAUGACCCUGCCCACGUUCUUCACCUUCGUCCACACCAGGGCUAACGGCCAGCACAUGUUCGGGUACUGCCUCUGCCUGCACGAGCCGUUGGGAACGCGACAUCGGAUAGAACUGCAGGGGCUGGUGGACGCCCACAACAAGGCCGCUUCGCGGGCGGAGGGGGGGGAGAACGAUGCCACGGAACCCCUGACCACCUUGGACCCCGGACGUGAGGUUUACGCCCCGAAGUGCCUCUGCCUGCUGUCGACAUGGCCCUACUUCGGGCCGUUCCGGGAGUGGCUCCUCAACCUCUAUCGGAUAUCGCUGUCUCCUUUCCAGAUACCUUUGGAGAGGUACGUCGGAAACUUUCUGCUGGAAGUUCCGACGCCUUCGCCCGGUAGGGUUGAGGUGCUGUACAACAUGGGCAACACGACAAUCACGUUCGCGUGCCCCCCGCCCAACAAGCCGGUGGCGUGGGGCUCGGUCCCCUUCGAGCCGCUCUUCCAGUGCCUCAGCCACGAGAACAUCGUCAUCCUCCUAACGUGCCUUUUGCUAGAGAGGUCCAUCGUGCUCAAAAGCUCACAGCUCAGCCUACUCACGCCCUGUGCUGAGGUGCUGUCCCUAGUGCUGUACCCCUUGAGCUGGAGCCACGUGUACAUCCCCGUGUUGCCCGAGGCAUUGCUGGGAGUUCUAGCGGCUCCGAUGCCUUUCCUCAUUGGGGUGCAUAGGAGUUUCGUGGAGGGCACCGACAUGGACGUUGCGCCUUACGUCGUGCAGGUGGACCUCGACAACGAUGUGGUUGAGAUGGGUGGCGAGGAGGCGGCGACGAUGCCUCCCCUGCCGCAGAAGCGAAGGUCGAAGCUGCUCGCCAAGCUGGCAGAACACGCGCAGCUCGGUCACUGCAGAACUCCAGCAUACCGUCAAGACGUGAUGCAGAAGAGCGAUUUGGCUUUUUCGAUGGCCAUCAGGCCUUGCGACUACGACGACGAUGAGCUGGAUACGCCGCCUCCCGACUGGGAUGCCGUCCGGGAGGCGUUCUUGCGGUUUUUCGUGACGUUUCUGUCCGGCUACCGGCGGUGCCUGGUGUACCCCACCAAGGCCAACCCCAACCCCGCAAGGCUGUUCAACGUGGACGACUACCUCGACAAGCUGGACCGGGACUCGAGACCAUUUGCGGAGGCGAUGUGCGACACACAGGCGUUUCAGAACUUCAUUGACGCGCGCAUCCAGCCGGAAACGGACGACCUAGACGUGGUCUUCUUCGAUGCGUGCAUAGCAGCCAAGCGCAACCGCAGCAUGCUCCACGUCACCAAGAAAUCGGACGCCAACUUCUUGCGACCUGACACGUUCGUCAAGGCGAAGACGGUGUUCGCGCUAACCCCAGACACGACGGGGCUUGACAUGACGGCCCCCGCAAGGUCUCACGAAAGCAGGAACGAAGGCAGCACGUUCAACAAGUACUUCGGGGGGAGUUCAAAGAAGGGGGACAGCGGAGGCGACGGAAACGCGGGGAGCGGGGAGGAGGGGGGAGGGGGGAGGCGGAGCUCCACCUCGUUGGCGGGGCGACGCGGGGUGUUUGCGCGAUCGGGGUCUUCGAGGGGGGGGGGUGACGACGACUGGAGCCCCCUUUGCGCAGAGGCUACGGUGUUCGCCGUGUUCAUCGUCGGGUUCUGCGCGACCAUCGGGGUGGAUCCAGUACGACCGAAGCGAGGAGCGGGGUUUGCUCCUAAGGGAUCCGUGGCCGUUGUACCGGGCGCAGCGACAACGACACCGGGGCCGGUAGCGUCGAAAGCCGGCGGUAGCGGGGGAGAUGACAGUGCCGUACGGACGGUGCUCGAGGAGGAGGAGGAGGAGGAGAAGGAGGAGUCGGUGAGGGAGACAGCCAGCGGAGGCAUUGGCGGUGGUGGUGUUAAGGUCCGAAAGUCGUCGAGGAUGGCUUCGUUCAGCGAGCUCAAGCACGACGUGCGGGAGGAAAGGCUGUACAAGGCCAACGCAGCCUUGAUGGUGGCCUUCGAGGCACUUGAGGCGAUGCGAGAGAAGGCGCCAGCGGGAGAGGAAGCCGUGUAUCGAAGCCUCAUCUCCGCCUGCGGUCGGUGCGGGAACUCCGAGAAGGCCAUGGCAGUUGUCGAGAUGAUGAUGUCGACCGGGAUAGUUCCGGACGCGAUGGUGUCGCGAUGCCUGGUGGACGCUUUCGCGAUGGACGACAGCUUCACCGACGGCGGCGCUCACCCGCUCUCCCUCCUGGACUGGUCCAAGUUCCAGCCAAAGCAUCGGGACGGGAGGAGAUCUCACGAGCCUGCCGGGGGGCGGACCGAGCCGACCUUCAGUUUCAAGAGGAUGAUGAGGCGCUUCCACGACAAGUCAGAGACCACCAGCAACGCGACUCCCUCAAGGUCGCCGUCAGUGGCCACCGUCACCGACGCUGCGGUCGCUGCGGCGCCAACCAAGACUACCACCACCCGCUUUACGGCGAAGGCUACGGCUGGGUCGAUCGUGAUGACGCCGGAGUCUGUUACCCCGACCCGGCAUACGUCUUCCGUUGCCUCACAGCAGGACUUCGGGAUUCUGGGCAAGCCCGCCUUUUCCUCCCCUUGCGUCGCCAAGGAGGCUCGCGACUCCUUCGGUGGGGAGUUCGAGACUCCCGAACGGCGUGGUUCGGGGACGGCGGGCGGGACGGGGCGCGGUCGGCGGCGGUCUCGAUUACACGAAGAGGACGAAGACGUCCGCCGCUCGUCGGACUUGCGAAUACGGCUGGAGAGAAGCGCGUCCCCUUACGCCAGGCGGGGGGGCAUGUCGAUGAUCGACAACGGGAGCGAGACCUGCCCUUCCUGCCAGGCCGAGCUAACGGGGGGGCAAGUCAGAGCCGGCUGGUCAUCGGAUCCGAAUGAUUAUACCACCGAGUGCCGUGCGGUGGUCGACGUGCAGGCGGCGGCUGUAGCGGCAGCAGGCGUACCGGGUACUGGCUGGGGCGAAGGGGCGACGGCGGGGGAGACCGGCGAUGCUGUUGCUGGUUCUGGCGGUUCUGGGUCGCGACCGGGGUCGGGAGAAUCAGGAGGAGGGGCAGCAGCUUCGGCCACGUUGCCCGCUGGUAAGGGGGCGAGCAACGGAGGAGGGGGGGGAGGCGGUGCGAGCAGGCGUAAGUCUUCCUCAACGUCUACGGUGGGGUCUUCGUCAUCAUCUUCGAAAGCAUCCGCCGCUAAGGGUGCGCUGGACACUUGCGGGAGGCGGUUCGUCUCUAGGUUCUCGGUGCACAGCACGGCGGAGGGGUGGGAGGGCACCACGGGACCUGGUACACCUCUGUGGUGCGAGUAUCUCCCCCCCUGGGUACUCCGUAAGGAGUUCCACACGAUUUUGUCGGCGUACGGGGUGCAGUACGUGUGCUCCGAGAGGUUCCGCCUGGGAUUGGGUCCCCUUGAGGACGGCACCGGUCCCGCAGGGGGAGGGGCAGGAGGAGCACAGCCGCCUUCGGGAGGAGGGGGUGACGCCGCGUGGCGGGAGGGGGGGGGGGCUAACGCCAGCAGGAGGAGCGUGGAUCGGACGGUGUUCUGGAACCUGGUUGUCCAUUUCAGGGAGUACUGCCUGCCCAUUACCUUCCUUCUUGCCGACGCCGCUUCGCUGGCUUCCGGCCCUGCUUCGGUUGACGCUGGUUCCGCGCUCUUUGCCGCUGAGUGAGUGAGUGAGUGAGUGAGUGUUGCCGCCAUGGCGAAGUCUCGCUGACAAAGUUCGCGUGCUACCAUGUAUGCGGACUCCCUCCUUUCAGAAUCACGAACCCCGCUUUAGUUUGUUCCGUGGUUAUGUAGAUAGUGGGUGCUAAAGGGAGGCUGUUUGCGGGGGGGAAGUGUAGCAUCGCACUUUUUUUUUUUGUCGUGUAAGGCUUGCUUGCAUCUCAUCGUCCCCUACAACAAGAGGUGCAAAGCGCAAGUGUAAAUGUGUUGGUUGGAAGUUGCGCCUGGUCUUGGGGCACCCGGCAGGCGCUUGGGCCGAUCGUUUGCCUUGUGGUUGACCGCAAUGCGGCACCAAGCUUGGUUCAUUCACUCUGUGGUUUGUUUCGCUGAAGUUUUGCCUCGCCCUUCCGUUCUGAAAAUAAGCACAUGACGUGGGUUGGAGGCUUGAGCUGUAACCUGCCAUUCGUACGUCCCAUGGUAGGGGGAGUAACCUCUCAGAGUAUGAAGCGAUUGGUAGCCGGUUGAGAUGUUGUUUGCCCUGAACACUCUGUCUUGCGUGUAGUAUUGUAGGCCGCGGGAGGUUGUAUUUUGUCUCAGGCGAUGGGUGACCAUCAUUCCCACCCAUGGCGAUGUACUCUGGACGCGAGUUUUUGCUGAUGGCCUCGCCAUCUAUAUAUUAUGUUGUUUGUAAAGUACCCGUGUGGAGCAUCCUUUUUGCUGGUUGUAGUUCUUUGAAACCACAAGUUUUAGUCCUUAGAAACCGUAACUUUUUCUGGUAGUCUAGUGUGGGCGAC